UCGAACCUGACUGGCCAGUUCACCAGAGGCAAAGGCGGAAAUAGGAAGAGGGAUUAUGCGGCCGUAAACACUGAUCUAAAGUCAGUUUAUUUGAUUUAUUCUCCAAGUGGUAAAUUAGGAUUGUGGUAUGAUAAACUGAUGUAAGAUCUGCUUUAGAGACAUUAUCUGAUUGAUUGAAUGAAUGGAUCAUGUGAGAACGGCCAGGGCCAGUUGCUGUGGAAACGUGAAUGGAGUCGACUCGUUUCGUGAUGGAAGAAAUUCAACAAAGAAAAAUGUCCCAUAACCAUGGGCUAGAGCUGAAUCUUCGCCAUCUUUAAACCAGAGGGCCAGUCAGUGGAUGGUUCAAGAGGACAGCGCCUAGCCUGGCCUCGCCAGCCACAUGAUGCUCCAACAGGCAGGCUCUGUGCAGCUUCUCUGCCUCACUGCCAACAGUGGGGUUCCUCUCUUCACCCGGGGGGCCUCUAAGCAACUCCCCUUCUCCAUCAUCGGCUCCCUGAACGGUGUGCACAUGUUCGGAGCGGGCCAGGGAGUGGUGCUGGCUGGCUGUGAGACUGAUCGUGGAGGCCGGAUGGUGUGGAGGGUAUUUCAGGACAGCGUGAUGCUCAUAGCGGUGAGCAGCGGUGGGCAGGCCCAGCAGGAAGGUGGUGGUGCAGGUGAAGAAGACCUCCACCUGCGGCGCCUGCUGGAGAACGUGUGGAACUGCAUGGUGCUGGUGCUGGGGCAGGAUGAGCUGGCCAGCUUGAGGAACGUGGAGCGGCUGAAGAGGGACCUGCGCUCCUGCUACCGCCUCAUCGACCAGCUCCUGGAGGGGGGACAAGGACAGGAGGGCAUUAUGGGGGACCUGACGCAUUGCGCGGACUGCCUGCUGCCCCCCAAUGCCACCCUGCUUCAGGAGGGCCUAGACGGCUUUACCCAGGCAGCAGAUAGCGAGUUUGGCUGCCUGAUGGUCCACGGACGGAUAGCCACUGCCACGGAAAAAUGGUGGCGUCUGGCGCCGCAGGAAGUGGUCCUCCUAUCUGUUCUGACCCGCUCUCUCUCCCUCUCAGGCUCUGCGUCCUGUGACACCCCUGUCUUCCUGCCCCAGGGCAGCCCCACCGUGGCACAUCGCCUGCUCCGCUUCCAGCUGCUUCCGGGAGUGGAUGUGUGCGUGCUGUGCGGCCCCAGUCCCACCCUACACAGGGCUGAGAGCGAGCUGGUGGGUUGUUUCUGGUCUCCUCUACUGGAGGCCCUGAGAGGCAGCCUGGCCGUGGGGGAGCGCUGCCUGCCAGGCUCUGUGACCCUCCGCCCUGAUGUCCUGGCUCUGUUGCUCAUCAACAGAGAGUCCCGUCGCUCUGUCUCCUGUGUGAAGGCCAUCAUUACUAACCCCAACCAUCCUUCCAGUGACCAUCCUCUGCCCUCCAAGGCACGCUGCUGGGAGCUGCUCAGGCUCUUCUACACUUUCACCACCACUCGCUACUUUCCUCUGGAGGAGACCCCGGCCCUGACCCCAGGGGAGAAGGCCCAACAUGGGGACUCCCUCCGGGAGGACUUUGCCCUGGGCUUCUCCCACCAGCCGCUGCAGUGCUACCUGGUGACUGAGGAGUGUAAGUGUUUUGGCCUGCAGACUGCCCAACAUCAGCUCUACCUGCUCACCCCUCUCUCAGUGCCUACCUUCGCCCUAAGCUCCGUGGCUACACAGACCCUCUCCGCCAUCACUUUAGCCACAGGAUUUUAGGCCAUAUUUUAUAAUGGGCAUGGGCACAUUGCUGUGAAACCUAGGGAUAGCAUUACACUGUUCACUAUAUGUACCACUUUCAUCAUAGACAACCAUUAUGGAGCAAGGAAUGAUCCUUUUACCUCAAUUUGAUACUCCAGAAUAUUCGUGUGUGUGUAUAUACAGUAUAUCACAAAAGUGAGUGCACCCCUCACAUUUUUGUAAAUAUUUGAGUAUAUCUUUCCAUGUGACAACACUGGAGAAAUGAUACUUUGCUACAAUGUAAAGUAGUGAGUGUACAGCUUGUAUAACAGUGUACAUUUUGCUGUCCCCUCAAAAUAACUCAACACACAGCCAUUAAUGUCUAAACUGCUAGCAACAAGAGUGAGUACACCCCUAAGUGAAAAUGUCCAAUUUGGGCCCAAUUAGCCAUUUUCCCUCCCCGGUGUCAUGUGACUCGUUAGUGUUACAAGGUCUCAGGUGUGAAUGGGGAGCAGGUGUGUUAAAUUUGGUGUCAUUGCUCUCACACUCCCUCAUACUGACUCUCGUACAUUGUAGCAAAGUGUCAUUUCUUCAGUGUUGUCACAUGAAAAGUCAUAUCAAAUAUUUACAAAAAUGUGAGGGGUGUACUCACUUUUGUGAUAUACUGUGUUAUAUAUAUAUAUAUAUAUAUAUAUAUCACACUUGAUUGUUUUAGUGACUGCACUUGAAGAAACUUUCAAAGUUCUUGACAUUUUCUGGAUUGACUGACCUUCAUGUCUUAAAGUAAGGAUGGACAGUUGUUUCUCUUUGCUUAUUUGAGCUGUUAUUGCCAUAAUAUGGACUAGAUAUUUUAUCCAAAUAGGGUUAUCUUCUGUAUACCACCGCUGUUUAACACUUUUUUUGGUUACUACAUGAGUCUGUGUUAUUUCAUAGUUUUGAUGUAUUCACUAUUAUUCUACAAUGUAGAAAAUAGUAAAAAUAAAGAAAAAUCCUUGAA